GCUCGAGCUGCGCGCGCGCGCUGCGUUACGGGGCACAUCGCUGCAAUAUCGCGAGCUCCGAGCACAGCUGCGACCCCGCCGCGGCAGCCACGCUCGCUGCACGCGCUGCGGCCACGCAACCGAGCCCACUGGGCGCGCAAGGGCCACUAUGGCGGACACGCCCGAGCCCCUCUCCGAGUACGAGCAGGCUAGGAAUGAAAAGAUCGCGCGCAAUCGAGCGUUCUUGGCUGCGUUAGGUUUAGGUGACGCCCAGUCUCCGCAACAAGCGCGACCGGUCGUGCGACGGCCCGAUACGCCUGAAGUGGUAGAGAGGCCAAAGGCGUCCCAAGACGUCGUCGACGCCCUCGCGAAGCGCUACCCGUCGCGCCGGAAGGAGGCGUCUUUAUUGGUUUCUGCUUUGAGAGCGCCGGGAGACGCCCCUAUGAUCGUGACUGGACAAGAGAGUGGUCCCGUCACGUGCGAAGCGGCGUCGCAAUGCGGUCUGGCGGUGGCGCGCGUGAAGUGUUCGUCGGACGAGACGGGCUCCAAGUUACUUGAGAGAUGCGCAGUUGCCGCGGACGGGAAAAGUGACAGAGUGUCCGCGGAGAGUCUGGCGCGUCGAUUAGAUGCUGCUGCUUUAGCUGCACCGUUGUCGCGGGGUGUUGUUAUUUUAGAAGACGGCGAUCGGUUGCUCUCGAGGCGAGCGGGUGACGAGGGCGCUACUGCGCUACGCAGAUUAUGUGCUGCUUGUAGGCUCGCAGAUACCGCACCGCGACUGUGCAUCACCGGAGACGACCGCGCCUUGUCGCAAGUGUCGCAGCGACUCCGGGAUCCCGUGCGGAUUCAUUUACGAGACAACGCGACGACGACGUCAUUAACGCAAGCGCUAUGCGACUCCGAAGAACCUUUAUUUAGAGACUUUUGUAGGGCCGUCGCGACGGCCGCGAAGCGGGAGACGUCGGAUAUCGGACAUCUCGCGAAACUCACGCGGUCGGCGCCUUUGUUCGACCUCUACAAAACGCAGCAAGGUGGCGCCGCCGGCUACGAUGCCAUCCGGCCAGUACUAACAACAGCGAUCCCCCGCUUGCGGGACCCCGAGCUCGACGUGGAUGCGUUAUGUCGCGGUGAUGUUCCUACGAGUGUCGAGGAGCCGGCACCGGAAACUUUAUUACUCUUAGCGGCCUACGUGUCGUCACGAACGCGGCCCGAGGACGACCAACAGUUGUUCGGCCACGACCCCCAGAAGAAGAAGAGAAGGAAGAAGCGGGACGUGACCAAAGUGCGGGUCGAUGCCCCAAAAGCAGUCCAGUUGGAUCGGCUGCUCGCGGUCUACGCGAGGUUGCGGGAGGAGCACGGGUCGUCGCUGCCCGACGUGCGCGACGACGACGUGUUGCGAACGUUAUCCGAUCUCGUGGAUCAGAACGCUUUGGAAAGAGCUUCUGGUCUGGACGACUUGGCGAACCCUCGCUUCCUCUGUCUGCUGGACGCGGGGCAGGCCUACGACCUCGCGUCUCUCUUAGGACUGCCGCUGGGGCGGUACCUGCCGGGGUGACUAAUAGUAC